UUUUAUUAUUAGUUUUAUUAUUUGAUUAUUUCUAACUCUGAAUAUUUGCAAUUUUUGUAGUGUCAUUCGACAUUGAUCAUGGAUGCCGGUGAUCAUGAUACAUCCAUAGAUCAUGAUUUUUUUCUCCAAGGACUCACAGGGGACUACGGCCCCUUUGAUACUAGUGCUGCAGGUGAUGAUGGACCCGACGGUGAACCUCCGGUUGGUUCACAUCCAGAUCCAGGUGAUGCAGCAGGAGUGCCAUCGUCGGGCUCUACAAGUGCGCACACAUUAGCAAGCAGCGGGUCUAAAAGAUCAAGAGCCGGUACUUCCGAAGUUUGGCAAGACUUUGAAAGGAUCUACAAAGAGGAAGAUGGGGUAAGUGUCAGGUAUGCUAAGUGUUAUAUUUGUAAAAAUGAAUUAUCUGCAAAGCCCUCGGGUGGAACGGGGCACUUGAAGAGGCACGCCAUAAGUUGCAAGCGAAAGAGUGGAGCAGCCAUGAAGCAGACGGUGUUGCAGUACAACCCCGGCGGCUCUGUUCAUCAUUGGGAGUACGACUCUGCCAAUGCUCGAAAAGAGCUAUGUCGCUUCAUUGCAAGAGCGGAUCUACCACUCAAUAUCGGUUCUUCAUCAAGAAGUUCAGACUCUUCGUCACGAUCGUCUACGGGCACCGGAAUUCCAAUAUCCGGAGGGGAGCUAACUACCUUCAUCGACAGUGACGUUAUCAGCCACGAACAAGAAAACUUCAACAUACUGCAAUGGUGGCAUGAGCACAAGACGAAUUAUCCAGUCCUUUCACUGUUAGCGCGAGAUUUGUUAACGGUUCUUGUAUCUACAGUUUCUUCUGAGGCUGCCUUCAGUCUUACAGGAAGGAUAAUCGAAGAGAGAAGAACAAAUCUGUCAAGUGAGAUGGUUGAAAUACUCACCAUAGUAAAGGAUUGGGAACAAGCUGAAGCACGAAUGCAACACACUGCAGAAAAUACUGAGCUUGAAGAAUCAUUCCAAAAUUUGUAUCUAGAUGCUGAUGAGAAUGUGUAAUUUUAAAUUUU